ACCACUGGGGGGCAAGCAAGAAGUGCGUCACAUCCCUGGGAAAAAAGGGUUGAAUGGAAUCUGCAAGCACACAUGCGAGUGUCUCACCCACAUCAGCACCAGCAGUGGCGAGCUCAACUAUGGUGAUGGCAUGCCUUAUAGCGCUAUAGGUGCAUCAUCUUCUUCUAUUCAGGUGAAAGGUCGCGCAAUUUCGGCUUUGUGCGCACCACGGUCUCCAAAAAGACAACUUCUCACACCAUGGAACACGACCGAGUGAAUUUCUAACCUGUGCGCGAGUGUUUGAAUUCUCUUCAUCACCUUAUAUGACGGUUCGAGUUACAAUGAACCCAUAAAACGCGUUCAACUCAGCAGAGGAGAAAAGUGAGCGCAAUGAAGGAGCGCAGCAUGCGAAGGUAAAGCAGGAAAAGUUCAUUAGCUAAUCGCGGUUUGAUGGUAUAUUAGAAACACGAAGGCAGAUUCCAUUCUGUGAAAACAUAGCACAGUGCGGGAAGGUGCUUAUAUUGUUUGCGUUGAAACAAGAAAAAGUGGGAAUCAUGGCUGAAGAGGGAUCCGGUGGCUUGGCGCAGUCCGCCGCGGUUAAACUCUCAGAGAUGGGCGAAAGAACUAAACAACUAGGCACUGCUAUAAAAGAUCCCGAACGACAGCGAAGGAUUAUUCUAGUAAUCGUCUGUGUGGCACUUUUGUUAGAUAAUAUGCUUUACAUGGUGAUCGUGCCAAUCGUUCCAGAUUAUUUAGCCCGCCUAGAAGGGGAAUCAACCAACUCCUCCAACAGCACAGAAAACUUCGACGUUCAGAUCGGUGUCCUAUUUGCAUCCAAAGCCAUUUUGCAACUUCUUGUAAAUCCUUUGACGGGCACCUUCAUAGACCGCGUUGGAUACGACAUACCACUUUUAAUUGGACUUUCCAUCAUGUUUGUUUCCACGUGCAUUUUUGCCUUCGCUGAAAACUACGCGACUCUUUUCGUGGCGCGGAGUCUGCAGGGGCUCGGCUCGGCUUUCGCAGACACGUCAGGACUCGCUAUGAUAGCAGAUAAGUACACGGAGGAGGCCGAGAGGAGUCGAGCCCUGGGCAUCGCCUUGGCAUUUAUCUCGUUCGGGAGCCUGGCGGCGCCCCCCUUCGGCGGGGUGCUUUACGAGUUCGCAGGGAAGCGCGUCCCAUUUCUCGCCCUCGCCAGUGUCUGUCUAGCCGACGGUAUUUUGUGCAUGACGGUCCUUAAGCCAUUCUCCAGCAGGACCAGGGAAAACAUGCCAGUUGGCACACCCAUUUACAAACUUAUGAUUGAUCCCUAUAUAGCAGUGGUGGCAGGUGCACUGACCACGUGUAACAUCCCCCUUGCGUUUCUGGAGCCCACCAUCGCGAAUUGGAUGGAGGAGACCAUGGACGCGUCCCAGUGGCAGAUCGGACUUACCUGGUUGCCAGCUUUUUUCCCUCAUAUUUUAGGUGUAUACAUUACUGUAAAACUGGCAGCGCGACACCCACACUUACAAUGGUUUUAUGGCGCUCUUGGCAUGGUUAUAAUAGGUGCCAGCUCAUGCACUGUGCCAGCAUGCAAAAACUUUGAGCAACUUAUAAUCCCCUUGUGCGGCAUCUGCUUUGGCAUUGCGCUGGUGGACACUGCGCUGUUGCCCACACUUGCGUUUCUGGUCGAUGUGCGUCAUGUCUCUGUGUAUGGCGGUGUGUACGCCAUUGCGGACAUCUCCUACUGCGUUGCCUAUGCUCUGGGUCCAGUUGUAGCUGGUAAGAUAGUACACGACCUAGGUUUUGUGCAGCUCAACCUGGGCAUGGGCCUCGCCAACGUGCUUUACGCGCCAGCGCUGCUCCUUCUGCGCAACGUGUGCCUCAUGAAGCCGUCUCACUCUGAGAGAAACAUGCUGCUGGAGGAAGGGGCCACAGGCCUUUACGACACUAUCAGACUAGAAGAGUGCCAAGCCAAGAAAAAGAAGAAGGGCUACAGCACAACUGACAACUUUCUGCCGGUGGAUGAAAACGGUAUAUUUGCUGGAAACCCCAGAUCAUACUCUCAAGAGGAAACAGCUGAUCCUGAAUAUGCGUAAAACCAACACUCCUAAUAAGUGCUGCGUCAAUUUCCCGGACACAAAUUAAUAUACACCAAUUUAACCCCAAAGUAGGCUUUACCUCUGUCUGGAAAAACAGCCUUCAAUGUGUAGUCUAGCCAUACAAUUGCAUAGAAAUUCUUUCACACUGGUGCAAAAGGUGCAACAUAAAAAAACUGUGCGCCGGACACUCUGUGUAACUAUAAACCAAACUCAGCCCACGUUUGAUCAAGAAUUAAUUGCUUCACGUGUUCUUUUUCAGAAUCAGUCUACCGGUUAUCAACAUAUUUGUGACCAUUUCCUUCUAUUUAUCUUUAAAAGUAUCACUGUGUAUUUUUUCCCCUUUGAUCAAAUGCAUCACUGUUUUAAAAUGCGUUCAGGGAUAUAAAUAAACGCACACGUAAAAAAAAAAAAAAAAAAAAAAGUGCGUCAUUAUUCAAAACAGGCUUAAGUUAUUGUUGUUUUGCCAGGUCUGUGCUGCUAUAACUAAUAUGCAAUGUCACGUGACAAUUUGAUGGAUUAAAUGAUGGAUCUAAUGUGUAGCCUAUCUUGCCUCUCCACUGUCUGUAUGUAGUGUGUUAACAUUGUGAGGGUGUAUUUCUGGAAUGCGUCAAUGUAUAUUAUGAACCACAAAAUGUACAUAAUGUGUAUAUCAAGUGUACAUAAUUAAAAUGAUAUAUUGGAAGCAGCCUUUUCUCUUUC